CAAGGAACAUGUUUAACCGUGAAUAAAUUGAAAAAAAUAUCUCACCAGUAUUGUCUGAACCGUGACAGACCAAUGUCGACAUGAUACGUGGGUCAUAUGUUUGUUUGAUUCUAUUCUUACUCGACGUUGUCACAUCGGCGAGUUUACGACAAGACAUAAUAUCGGUGCACCCCGCGUUACCAUAUUGCGGACCGAACACAAUAACGACGAAAUGUGGAAAUCCAUGUGAAUUCACAUGCGGUCAACUUAAGCCAAAAUUUUGUCCCAAGGUUUGUAUACGUAACGGAUGUGUGUGCAAGCCAGGAUACGUCAGACGCGACGAAAACGGUCCUUGCAUUCACGAAUCAUGGUGUGCACUGGUGGCAGAGAAGUGGGAUUGGAUAUACCGUCCUCGACCGAGACCCAAAGGCGUAACAGCCAUGCGGCAGAAUUAGUAAAAGCACUAACUGUGAAUACUGUAAACGAAGCGCAUGCGUGAAGAGUUGUUGAAAAUUUGUCUAAAUGAAUCCUUUCGGAAAUGGAAUUAAAUAUUUGGUAUUUGAAUAA